AUGCCUCUUGAGUACGACCUCUUGGCCGAUAACACUAUUAACAAGUCAUGUCUAGAGUACCUUUUGAUAGAAACAGCCUCAAUAAGCCAUGAGGCUACUGUACAAGUUUGCGACAAUGAAAAUGUAAGAGACCACGAGCAGGCGACAGCAUCAGCGGAAGGAAACUUAACAGAGGAGAUUGGAUAUAAUAUCGGAUUGAAACUAGUCGAUUAUUUGUUAUAUCUUCAAAAGGGAAAAAACGGGACAGGGACCCCAAAAUUCGACCAAGUUGUUAACAUAAUGAAAUUUGUUUGUAAGAAUGUUUGGGAAUCUCUAUUUGGAAGGCAGAUUGAUAAUUUGAGAACCAAUCAUAGAGGCACAUAUGUUUUAGUAGAUCGUUCUUUCACAAUGAUAUCACGGUUAGAUAGUCCUUUAGGGGUUCAGGAUACCCUAAAUCAAACUAGAAAACAUUAUCUUUGGUAUCCGUGCGGGAUAAUUCGGGGAUUGUUAGAGAGUUUGGAUAUUGAUUCUACAGUUCAAGCAGAGGUUACCGAGUUUCCUUCGGUCUCUUUUCAUAUCCAAACAAGUAAAUAG